AUGCAACAAAUCAAGGAUAAAGUUCAAAAUGAAGGAGUAUUGUUUAUCCAACAAUACUACCUAAAUAAUGGACUGAAAUUAUUCAAAGAAGAAGGUAAUAAGGCUGUGAUGAAAGAGCUUGACCAAUUGAUACAAAGAGAAUGUUGGGAACCGAUUCAUGUUGAAGACAUGACUGAUUUGGAAAAAAGAAGAGCCCAAGAUGCUAUGAUGUUAUUGGCUGAGAAACACACUGGUGAAAUAAAAGGAAGAUGUGUAUACAAAGGAGAUGGAACUCGAGAAUGGCUAUCUCAAGAGCAUACUUCAAGUCCGACUGCAGCAUUGGAAGCAAUUAUGAUCACAUGUGUAAUUGAUGCAUAUGAAGGACGAGAUAUGAUGUCUUUGGACAUUCCAAAUGCAUUUAUUCAAACUCAAAUGCCAAUGGAUGUGAAAUCAAGAGUGAUGAUGAAGAUCACUGGUUUAUUGGUCGACAUGAUGAUACGACUGGAGCCAAGGUAUCGUGAUUACGGUGUAAUUGAGAACGGAAAACGAGUGAUUUAUGUGAGAGUAUUACGAGCCAUCUACGGGAUGUUAGAGGCCUCUAUGCUUUGGUACAAAAAGUUGAGAGGAGACAUGGAGAAACAUGGUUUUAUUUUCAAUCCAUACGAUGGAUGUAUUGCCAACAAGAUUGUGAACGGCAAACAACAAACUAUUCGAUUUCAUGUGGACGAUCUAUUAUCAAGCCACAUUGAUCCAAAAGUGAAUGAUGAUUUUUGUGAAUGGAUGAAUCAAAAGUAUGGUUCAAUCAAACCAGUCAAAUCCAAGCGAGGAAAAAUUCACGAAUAUUUGGGAAUGACCCUAGAUUUCAGUAAAAGGGGGAAAGUCAAAGUCCGAAUGGAUGACUAUGUUAAUCGAAUGUUGAAUGAAUUUCCUGUGAAGUUCAAGGAAAAUGAAGGGUGUAAGACACCAGCAAGCAACAAUUUGCUAUCAAUCGGAAAAGGAGGAAAAGUGGAUGAUGAGAAACGUGAAACUUUUCACACAUUCAUUGCCAAAGGAUUAUUUCUGAGUAAGAGAGCGAGAUUGGAUAUUGCUCCAACUAUUUCAGUACUUUCUACAAGAGUACAGAAACCAAAUGAAACUGAUUGGAAGAAGCUAGUGAAGCUGAUGUAUUAUCUGAAUGGAACAAAGGGAAUGCACCUGACGCUGAGUGCAAAAGAUUUACGAACUUUCAAAUGGUAUAUUGAUGCAUCAUUUGCAGUUCAUCCAGAUUUCAGAAGUCACACUGGAGGUGUAUUGACUAUGGGUGAGGGUGGAUUGCAAAUAAUCUCGAAGAAACAGAAGUUGAACAGUCGAAGUUCGACAUAA